AUGGAUGGUAUGUUUGAUGCUUUUUGUCUCAGUUGUCAGAUGACCUUAAGACACCAUCACUUACAAUUCAACUCCCAUCCAGAUUAACAGUGAAAUGCAUAAAGAUUUCGGUGUGUCAUUACCUUUCUUCCUUUCUGAUGCCUAACAUUUGCAUCUCUAAUUCCAAAGAUCUAAGUAAUUGAAAUUCUGUGUCCAAUAUCAAGGGUCUAUAUCUCCUAAUCUAUAGAUAAAAAUACAUGAUUUUCAUACCUACUUACAUUCGUGAGUACUGUCAUUAACCUUUUUCAUGCUGCUUAUCACAUAACAUCCUGUCUUUUACUGUGAGAAAAUUCUGAAAGAGAAACGCGAGAAUACAAAGAUUCACAGUCUGAUCAUACCAACCACUCUCCAAAGGUCAUAGACUUCAGCAGUAUAGUUAUGUUAUUUAUUUAAUGGAAUAAUAGAAUCUGAGGGAGUUAGGGAUCUCCAAAAAGGAAAUAAUCCUGAAGAUGAUAGUUUAAGGCCAUCUUUGUCAUUGUCACUUUUCUUCUCCAUCCCUUAGGAAGCCAUUUAUAUGUCAGGAGUCAGCACAGUGACUGAAUUCCUACUCCUGAGUUUUCCGUGCUCCAGGGAGGUUCAGGUCCUCCUCUUUAUGCUGUUCUUUCUGUCCUACAUUCUGACACUGAUGGGGAACGGGGAUUGUGCAGUGAAGCUGGAUUGCAGGCUUCACACCCCCAUGUACAUUCUGCUGGCCAACUUCUCACUCCUGGAGAUCUGUUAUGUCAACACGACUGUUCCCAAUACGUUAAAGAACUUCCUAUCUGAGACCAAAACCAUCUCUUUCACAGCUUGCUUCUUCCAGUUCUACUUCUUCUUCUCCAUGGGCACCACGGAGACCCUCUUACUGCCCCUUAUGGCUUUUGAUCAGUAUGUGGCCAUCUGCCAGCCUCUCCAUUAUCCUAUCAUCAUGAACAGCCAUCUCUGCAUGAACCUGGUGGCCCUGUGCUGGGUCACAGCUUUCCUCUGCUAUCUGAUCCCUAUCUACUUUAUCACACAACUCCCCUUUUGUGGCCCCAACACCAUUGACCACUUUGUCUGUGACCCUGGUCCUCUUCUGGCCCUGUCCUGCAUCCCUGCCCCUGGAAUUGAGCUUUCCUGUUCUAUAUUGAGCUCUCUUAUUGUCUUCUGAUUCUGCUUUUUGUUUUUUAUGCAUUUGUGUUUUUAAAUUUUGCAGAGAAGUGAGAUCAUAUAUUUGUCUUUCUCUGUCAAGUUAAAACCCUAUUACAUAUAAGAUAAAUUCAUUUUUUUAGCUUUGUUUUUUUUCUUUAAAUGUUAUUUUAAUUGUAGUUAGUUGACAUGUAGUGUAAUAUUCAUUUCAUGACUAGAAUUUAGUGGUUUGUCA